CAGGGGCCAGGCGGAGCCCCAGCCCUUGCACGGCAGCGGCGAGCAGCGAGGCGAGCCCCGGGACAGGAGCCGAGGGACCGCAGACAAGAUGAAGCAGCUCUUCCUCCUCCUCCUCCUCCUCCUGGGGCUCAUCAGCAGGUCCUUGCAGAUCGAAGACAACAAGAUCCCUGGGCUGUGCUCGGGGCAGCCGGGCAUCCCAGGGACCCCAGGCCUGCACGGGGGGCAGGGCUUGCCAGGCAGAGACGGACGGGACGGCCGGGAUGGAGCCAUGGGCAUGCCAGGGGAGAAGGGCGACAUGGGCCCUCCUGGAGUGCCAGGUCCCCGCGGGGAGAUGGGCAGCCCCGGCGUGGACGGGCUGCACGGCGAGAAGGGAGCCCAGGGCGAGUGCGCUGUCGCUCCUCGCUCCGCCUUCAGCGCCAAGCGCUCCGAGUCCCGCAGCCCUCCCCUGGCCGACCAGCCCAUCCUCUUCGACGUGGUGCUCAUCAACGAGCAGGGCCACUACGACCCCGGCACGGGCAAGUUCACCUGCGAGGUGCCCGGCCUCUAUUACUUCGCCGUGCACGCCACCGUGUACCGCACCAGCCUGCAGUUCGACAUCAUGAAGAACGGGCGCUCCAUCGCCUCCUUCUUCCAGUACUACGGCAACUGGCCCAAGCCCACCUCGCUCUCGGGGGGCACCCUGGUCCGCCUGGAGCCCGAGGACGAGGUGUGGGUGCAGGUGGGCGUGGGGGACUACAUCGGCUUCUACGCCAGCGUCAAGACGGACAGCACCUUCACCGGCUUCCUCGUCUACUCCUACUGGCAAAACUCGGCCGUGUUCGCCUGAGCUCGCCCUCGGCGCCCUUCCCCCAGAGCGGCACUCCUGCCCUGCUCGGGGCGCAGAAACGGCCCCUGUGCCGUGGCGGGGGUGGUGGAACACCCCUGGGGCAGCUCGCCCUUGUUUCGGGCACCCCCAGGGCAGGGCAAGCCGGGCUGGGUGGCCGGGAGCCGGCGCCGGGGGUCGUGCCCCAUCCCUCCCC